GCGGGAGGUCGCUCGGGGUCGGGUGUCGCCUGAGAAGCGGAUGAGGCGGCGACCGUGAGGCCGGGCCGGGCACGGGGCGUCGCGCCGAGUCCCGGGGAGCGAUUGCGGGGAGCGCGGGCCGCCGCCGUCCCGCGGAGCGCCGGCCGCCAUGGGCAACCGCGGGAUGGAGGAGCUGAUCCCCCUGGUGAACAAGCUGCAGGACGCCUUCAGCUCCAUCGGCCAGAGCUGCCACCUGGACCUGCCGCAGAUCGCCGUGGUGGGCGGACAGAGCGCCGGCAAGAGCUCGGUGCUCGAGAACUUCGUGGGCCGGGACUUCCUUCCCCGGGGCUCAGGGAUCGUCACCCGGAGACCGCUCAUCCUGCAGCUCAUCUUCUCCAGAACAGAGUAUGCGGAGUUUUUGCACUGCAAGUCCAAAAAGUUUACAGACUUCGAUGAGGUCCGGCAGGAGAUCGAAGCGGAGACCGACAGGGUCACGGGCACCAACAAAGGCAUCUCCCCGGUGCCCAUCAACCUGCGGGUCUACUCGCCCCACGUGCUGAACUUGACCCUCAUCGACCUCCCUGGGAUCACCAAGGUGCCCGUGGGGGACCAGCCCCCGGACAUCGAGUACCAGAUCAGGGAGAUGAUCCUGCAGUUCAUCAGCCGGGAGAGCAGCCUCAUCCUGGCCGUCACGCCCGCCAACAUGGACCUGGCCAACUCGGAUGCCCUCAAGCUGGCCAAGGAGGUGGACCCCCAGGGUCUGCGCACCAUUGGCGUCAUCACCAAGCUGGACCUCAUGGAUGAGGGCACCGAUGCCAGAGACGUGCUGGAGAACAAGCUGCUGCCUCUGAGGAGAGGCUACAUUGGUGUGGUGAACCGCAGCCAGAAGGACAUUGAAGGCAAGAAGGACAUCCGGGCGGCGCUGGCAGCUGAGCGCAAGUUCUUCCUGUCCCACCCCGCCUACCGGCACAUGGCCGACCGCAUGGGCACGCCGCACCUGCAGAAGACCCUGAACCAGCAAUUGACCAACCACAUCCGGGAGUCGCUGCCGGCGCUGCGUAGCAAGCUGCAGAGCCAGCUGCUGUCGCUGGAGAAGGAGGUGGAGGAGUACAAGAACUUCCGGCCCGAUGACCCCACGCGCAAAACCAAGGCCCUGCUGCAGAUGGUACAGCAGUUCGGGGUGGACUUUGAGAAAAGAAUCGAGGGCUCUGGAGACCAAGUGGACACGCUAGAGCUCUCGGGCGGCGCCCGUAUCAACCGCAUCUUCCACGAGCGCUUCCCCUUCGAGCUGGUGAAGAUGGAGUUUGACGAGAAGGACUUAAGACGGGAGAUUAGCUAUGCCAUCAAGAACAUCCACGGAGUCAGGACGGGCCUCUUCACCCCCGACAUGGCCUUUGAGGCCAUCGUGAAAAAACAGAUUGUCAAACUCAGAGAGCCCAGUUUGAAGUGUGUGGACCUCGUGGUCUCAGAGCUGGCCACGGUCAUUAAAAAGUGUGCCGAGAAGCUGAGCUCCUACCCCCGGCUGCGAGAGGAGACCGAGCGCAUCGUGACCACCUACAUCCGGGAGCGGGAGGGCAGGACCAAAGACCAGAUUCUUCUUCUCAUUGACAUCGAGCAGUCAUACAUUAACACGAACCACGAAGACUUCAUUGGAUUUGCCAACGCCCAGCAGCGGAGCACACAGCUGAACAAGAAGCGGGCCAUCCCCAACCAGGUCAUCCGCAGAGGCUGGCUCACCAUUAACAACAUCAGCCUGAUGAAGGGCGGCUCCAAGGAGUACUGGUUCGUGCUGACGGCCGAAUCCCUGUCGUGGUACAAGGAUGAGGAGGAGAAGGAGAAGAAGUACAUGCUGCCACUGGACAACCUCAAGAUCCGCGAUGUGGAAAAGGGCUUCAUGUCCAACAAGCACGUGUUCGCCAUCUUCAACACGGAGCAGAGGAAUGUCUACAAGGACCUGCGGCAGAUCGAGCUGGCCUGCGACUCCCAGGAGGACGUGGACAGCUGGAAGGCCUCAUUCCUGCGAGCAGGGGUGUACCCUGAGAAGGACCAGACAGAGAAUGAGGAUGGGGUGCAGGAGAACAGCUUCUCCAUGGACCCGCAGCUGGAGCGGCAGGUGGAGACCAUCCGCAACCUGGUGGACUCGUACGUGGCCAUCAUCAACAAGUCCAUCCGGGACCUCAUGCCAAAGACCAUCAUGCACCUCAUGAUCAACAAUACCAAGGCCUUCAUCCACCAUGAGCUGCUGGCCUACCUGUACUCGUCGGCGGACCAGGGCAGCCUGAUGGAGGAGUCGGCCGAGCAGGCGCAGCGACGAGACGACAUGCUGCGUAUGUACCACGCGCUCCGAGAGGCCCUCAACAUCAUCGGGGACAUCAGCACCAGCACCGUGUCCACGCCCGUGCCCCCGCCCGUGGACGACACCUGGCUGCAGACCGCGAGCAGCCACAGCCCCACUCCACAGCGCCGGCCGGUGUCCAGCACACACCCGCCACCGCCGGGCCGGCCCCCGGCCGUGAGGGGACCCACGCCGGGACCCCCGCUUAUCCCCGUGCCCGUGGGGGCUGCAGCCUCCUUCUCCGCGCCCCCGAUCCCGUCCCGUCCCGGCCCGCAGAGCGUGUUCCCCAACAAUGACCCCUUCUCGGCCCCGCCUCAGAUCCCGUCUCGGCCAGCCCGGAUCCCCCCUGGCAUCCCUCCAGGAGUGCCCAGGCGACCACCUCCAUCGGCUCCCACCAGACCUUUCUUCUGAGCUUCGUGGGAGCGCAGCUGCCUCCCUUGGGGGGCCAGGCCUGCCCCAGCGGGGGUCCCCGAGCCCCCAUCACCAGACAGUGGCGUUCUUGACCAUAAUUUAUUAACUGCGCCAUCAGGGGUCGCAGGCAGGCUCUGGCCGAGCCGCACCAUGGGCCC